AUGCCAACUAUGAGCAUCACCGUCACCAAGUCAUCGCUGGCGCUGGUCGGCCCGUCGACAGCGCCGGCGGCGGCAGAGACGACCGCGCACAUCAUCAACCUCUCGUCGUUUGACAAGGCCCUCGCCUUCUUCCCUGUCACGUCGUUCCACAUCUUCGACCAUGCGAUCCACAGGCCCGCCGAGACCGUGCGGAGCGCUCUGUCCCGCGCCCUGGUCCACUACUACCCGGUCGCCGGCCGCGCCGUGAUCGAUGACGACUGCGGCGCCGAGCUCCGCAUCGCUUGCACCGGCGAGGGCGUGGGAUUCGUGGCCGCGUCGGCCAACUGCUCCCUGGCAGACGUCAAGCUCUUUGACCCGCCGUUCGGCGCGCUGCUGAAGGAGCUCGCCGUCGGCCUCGGUGCCGAGGGGUUCCGUCCGUCGGACCCGCUGCUGCUCGUGCAGGUGACGGAGUUCUCCUGCGGCGGGUUCGUCCUCGGCGUGACGCGGAACCACGUCGUCGCCGACGGCACGGGGUUCGCGCAGUUCCUGCAGGCCGUCGGCGAGCUCGCGCGGGGCCUGGCCCGGCCGUCCGUCUUCCCGGUCAGCUGCGGCGACGACUCCCUCCCGGAGCUGCCGCCGUUCGUCGACGCCAUGGAGAAGGCACAGGUCACGCUCGAGCCACGGGACUUCGCCUACCUCGACAUCACCGUCCCGUCCAGGUGCAUCAACCGUAUCAAAGCCGGAUUCGCUCGCCACGCCGCUGCCGCGGACGGCGGCGGCCCGUGCACCGUCUUCGAGGCGGUCAUGGCCGUUCUCUGGCAGUGCCGCACGCGCGCCGUCAUGUCCGACCCCGAGACCCCAGCCCCGCUCAUCUUUGCGGUGAACGUGCGCAAGCACGCCGGCGCCAAGCGCGGCUACUACGGCAACUGCAUAACGUCGGCGGUGGUCGUGCCGACGAGCGGGGAGGUGGCGAACGGCGACAUCAACGACGUGCUGAGGCUGAUCAAGCGCGCUAAGCAGCCGAUACCGUAUCAGUUCUGCAAGAACAAAGACGUCGACGCCGGAGACGAAGGCCGCCGCCACGUGCGCGGCCUGGAACCGGAAGGUGGUUUGUCGUUGUCCAUGGAGCAACUGGACGUGACGCUCGGGUACAACGCCUUCGACGUGACGAGCUGGCGGAACCUCGGCGCCGACGCGGUGGACUUCGGCGGCGGGCGGCCGGCGAGGGUGAUGUGCUCGCUGGACCGGAUGGCGGUGCCGCACUGCGUCGCGUGCCUGCCAUGCAACAAGGACGGGGGCAACGUGUUGGCGCGCUGUGUCAGGGAGGAGCACGUGGACGCCUUCCUUGGGGAACUGGCGAAGUUCACCUGA